AUGCCCUCAUGGUCGUGCCCCCCCUCGGCUGGCGCCCCAGUCCUGCUGCGCCUAGUAGACCUUGAGGACGGUGCCCCAUUAAAAGCUUCGACACCAGGAUCGGAUGAUAAGAAGGAGAACAAUGAGCAACGAGAAGCUUGCGAAGAGAAACCGUCAAUCCAGGUGUUACAUGAUGGUAUUACUUCGUUAGUGAUAUCCUGUCAUAUUAAGUCCAGAAGAAAACCUGUCAAUCUAGUUGGUACACAACAGUAUAAGCUUCUUAGUGAUAUAGCUAGUUCAAUAAAGAUGAAAAAGCGUCAAACUAGCUUUGGAAUGAUGAUAAAUGCUAAGCCUGUGAUGCGACUUGCAUCUGCGGAUCCCAAAUCUAUUCUUACUCAGAAAUUCUUAUGUACAGAUUCCAAGUUCACACAGCAAGAGCUGCCGGCUUGCAAGCCGAUUCUUACUCCAAAAUGGGUUGUCUCUGUUUUCUUCAUCGUCGGGGUCAUCUUUGUUCCCAUUGGUGUUGUUUCACUGCUAGCUGCAAGAGAUGUUGUUGAGAUUAUUGAUCGGUAUGAUGAGGCAUGUGUGCCAGGCAACAUGACUGAUAACAAGCUUGCUUACAUCCAGAAUGAAACCAUAUCCAAAGAGUGCAUAAGGAAUCUUACGGUUACAAAGCAUAUGAAGCAGCCUAUUUUUGUGUAUUAUGAACUCGAUAACUUCUACCAGAACCAUAGGAGGUAUGUAAAGAGCCGAAACGAUGCGCAGCUAAGAGAUGCUAGUAAAGCUAACCAGACAUCCGCUUGUGAACCUGAGAAGACCACAGCUAAUGGGCAACCAAUUGUUCCUUGCGGCCUCAUUGCUUGGAGCUUGUUUAAUGAUACAUAUAAUUUCACUCGUGGUAAUGAGAACUUGACAGUGGACAAGAAAGACAUCUCCUGGAAGAGUGAUAGGGAGCAUAAAUUUGGUAAAGAUGUCUAUCCGAGCAACUUCCAGAAUGGUGCACUUAAAGGUGGAGCAACACUUAACCCAAAGAUCCCGUUGAGUGAGCAAGAGGACCUCAUUGUUUGGAUGCGGACUGCAGCACUUCCUACGUUCAGAAAGUUAUAUGGAAGAAUACACUUUGACCUCAAGGAGAAUGACACAAUAACAGUGAGAUUGAAUAACAACUACAAUACAUAUAGCUUCGGCGGCAAGAAAAAGCUGGUCCUCUCCACUGCAACCUGGCUUGGAGGGAAGAACGAUUUUCUUGGCUUUGCAUACCUUAUAGUUGGUGGGCUCUGCAUUUUCCUGGCAUUUGCAUUCACCUUGCUGUACUUCGUAAAACCAAGCCUAUCAAGUUUAUAG